GCCCCACCGGGCACGCGCGCACCCCUGGCGGGCCUUGUGGUCUCACGGCGCGCAGGAUCCCGGCCGGGCGGAGGCGAGGCGCGUCCGCGGAGGGGGGCGGUUGGCGGCUCCCGAGCCCAACGCCGCACUCCGUCCGGACCCCGUGACCGGCGACCGAGGCCCCGCCUCCAUCUGUCCGUCCUUCGGGCCGUUCGCGCAGCCGUGCGGGUGAGGCGGGCGGCGGGGAAACGCGGCUGCUUAGGGUCGGGGUCUGGCGGCGGGGCGGGGCCUGGGAGGAAGGCGGGGCCUUCGGGGGCCGGGGCUCGGGCUGGGGGCGGGGCCGGGGCGGGUUCGGGAGGGGCCGGGUUCCGCUCUCGAAGGAGCCGGGUGCGUGGAAUUCCACGCGAGUGCCGGGGAGUUCCUGGGGAGCCUCCAGUCUCCUCCUCUGCACCCCCGCGUGUUGACUGAGCCGCCUCGCACAGCCCUUCCUAAGGUGUGGAGAGCGGGCCCCGCCCUGAAGGGGCACCGUGGGCUGGGGGGCCUGUUUUGGAGCAGGCACCCGUGGCCGAGCUCCGCGGUCAUGAAGGUCAAGGUCAUCCCCGUGCUUGAGGACAACUACAUGUACCUGGUCAUCGAGGAGCUCACGCGCGAGGCGGUGGCCGUGGACGUGGCCGUGCCCAAGAGGCUGCUGGAGAUCGUGGGCCGGGAGGGGGUGUCCCUGACCGCCGUGCUGACCACCCACCAUCACUGGGACCACGCGCGGGGAAACCCGGAGCUGGCGCGGCUGCGUCCCGGACUGGCGGUGCUGGGCGCGGACGAGCGCAUCUUCUCGCUGACGCGCAGGCUGGCGCACGGCGAGGAGCUGCGGGUGAGCGCGCGCCCCCGGGAGGGCGGGGUGGGCGCCCCGGGACCGCCCGCCCUCACGGGUCCGCCUGCUCCUCCGCCGCAGUUUGGGGCCAUCCACGUGCGCUGCCUCCUGACGCCCGGCCACACCUCCGGCCACAUGAGCUACUUCCUGUGGGAGGACGAUUGCCCGGACCCCCCCGCCCUGUUCUCGGGUACCCGCCGCGCGGAGCGCGCCCACCCCGCCUCCCGCCGGCCCCGCCCCCUCUGCUCUGACCCGCCCUCCCCCGCCAGGGGACGCGCUGUUGGUGGCCGGCUGCGGCUCGUGCUUGGAGGGCAGCGCCCAGCAGAUGUACCAGAGCCUGGCCGAGCUGGGCACCCUGCCCCCCGAGACGGUGAGCGGGCCUGGGCCCUCCCCUGCUUUCCCGUGGGCACAGCCCCCACGCUCCGCACCCGCACUGCGCUGGGGUGCGGAGUCAAUGCCCACCAGAGGGCAGAGCGGGGGGGGGGAGGCCAGGCAGCGGCGCGAGCACUGCCAGGCUUCCCGGCCGCGUGCGCGCUCACGAGGCUCUUCCUCCAGAAGGUGUUCUGCGGCCACGAGCACACGCUCAGCAACCUGGAGUUUGCGCAGAAAGUGGAGCCCUGCAACGUCCACGUGAGAGCCAAGCUGUCCUGGGCUAAGAAGAGGGACGAGGACGAUGUGCCCACGGUGCCCUCGACUCUGGGCGAGGAGCGCCUCUACAACCCCUUCCUGCGGGUGGCGUGAGUAUGGCCGUUGUCUGGGGCCUCGGCAGGCAUUGGGACCCUUAGGAAGGCAUCUGGGGGCCUCGUGGAGGGCUGAGCGUCCCUGGCUCGGGGGAGGCUGCUCAUUAAGUGGCUUCCUGCCCACCCUCCCGCGUCGGCGGUGGGCCCCGCGCCUCACUGCACCCCUCUCGCAGAGAGGAGCCCGUGCGCAAGUUCACGGGCAAGGCGGUCCCCGCCGACGUCCUGGAGGCACUCUGCAAGGAGCGGGCACGCUUCGAACAGGCAGGCGAGCCGCGGCAGCCACAGGCACGGGCCCUCCUUGCGCUGCAGUGGGGGCUCCUGAGUGCAGCCCCCAACAAGUGAGCGUCCCCCCAGACCCUCACAGGGCUGGGUCUCACAUCCCUCUUCGCGACCUCAGCCAGCUAGACUCACGCAAGGGGCACCUCUGGAAGCUUCUUCGAGGCUCUGGCCUGCCAGCUGCCCAGUCUCAGAGGGUGGACGUGCAUGACCACUCUGUCGGGCCCGUGUGGGCCUGGAGACCUGGGUGUUUGGGAAGUGGGGUGCACGGGGCUUCUGAAUCUUGAAUAAAGC